AUGCGUGCCCCUGCUUGCCCUGCCGCCAUGAGACGCGUCCCUGGGCCUGACCGCGAUGGCCUGACUGUCUUUGCGCGCGUCGACUGCAGCAUCCCCUUGACUUUUGCUCUUCAUCUUGCGAGUCUUAGCGUCCUUAGUCCCCCGCCGUGCCGUACUAGCUUACUUCCAGCGCUUUGCACACCCUCCUCGACACUCCUCGCUGUCCAAACCCUCGCCUUCAUCGUCAUCUUCCCCCCCCCUCUUUCUUCUCCAUCUUCCUCACAUUCUUCACUCCCGACUCCCUCGUCAUCUCCUCCUCCUCCUCCUCCUCACCGACGCACCUCCUACUCCUCUCCGGGCGGACUCAAGUCUCCUGUGCCCUCUCCUCCGACCCAUCCUCCUCCUCUCCAAGCUUUCACAUUUCAACAACAAAGAACAAACCCCACACUCUUUUUGCAUCAACAACGACACCUCUAUCAACUACCGCGCCAUGCGCUGGCCGGUCGCCUAUCUUUGCCUUCUGGGCUGGGUGACUCUCGCCGCAGCAAAGCCCAACUUGGUCACUCCUCCGCAGUCUCAACUCCCGCCCGUCGCCCGCGUCGGCGAGGACUUUGUGUGGGACAUCCUCCCGGCUCCUUCACGUCCUCGACCCCGAUCCAGUACUCUGUCGACGGUCUGCCGUCAUGGCUCAACUUUUCCUCACCUGUCACCACCUUCUCGGGAAACCCUUCGUCCAAGGACGUCGGUCAGUACAACUUUACUCUGAACGCCAACGACGGCAACGGCACGACCAGCACGAUCAUCAACCUGAUCGUCUCUGACGAGCCCGCACCUCAGGUCGGCAUGGCCUUCUCGUCUCAGCUCCAGGAUCCCUCGUCCCGCCAGCUCGCUAGUGUCCAGAUCAUGGCUAACAACCAAGGCGUCACUGUGCCUCCCCGCUGGUCCUUCUCCCUUGGCUGGAACGGCAACACGUUCAAGCGUGCCGAGGGUGGCAAGCGCCUGUUUUAUGAUGCCAGGCUCAAGAGUGGACAGCCCCUGCCGCAGUGGCUCGAGUUUUCGAACAGCACGUUCACGUUCAACGGUGUCGCACCCUCUGGCGGUGUCUUCCCUAUCGUCGUCACGGGCACCGACUUUUGGGGCUACAGGGCUGCGACUUCCGAGUUCAUCCUCGCCGUCGGUGGAGGUGACGCCGUGGAGCUCGCUGGUCAGUGGCAGCCGAUCAACACGGUCGCCCGCUCCAAGGUCGACUACAAGAUUGAUACCUCGACUGUGACUGUCGGCGGCAAAAAUGUUGACGCCGCCGCGCUCAAGGUGAAUGCUCUCCUGAGCAACUUCCACUGGCUCUCCUUCGACAACAAGACGAACACUAUUUCUGGCACGACCCCCGACGACCUCGUCAACGGUACUGUCGUCCCGAUGGACCUUCCGAUUAGCCUCGCGUCUGUCAAUGCCUCCAACUCUCUCAGUUACCUGGCCUACACCAAGCUCAACAUUCUGCCCUACUUCUUCACCAACUUUACUCUGCCGAACGGCAAGGCGGCCGUCAACGAGACCUUUGCCUACAAUUUAAGCCCGUACAUCGCCGCCGACUCUCCUUCUAUCAAUGCGACUGUCGUUCCCGCCGAGGCUGCCAAGUGGCUGACAUACUACUACGAGAACCGCACCCUCGUCGGUACUCCCCCGGGAAACAUUACCUACAACUCGAUCAACCUCACCUUCAUGGGCACCGUCAACAAUGUCGCCGCGACCACCCAGGUCUUCAUCCCGAUCGAUGGAGUCCAGCAGCCGCCGCAAACCAACAGCUCCGCCCCGGUUCCGAACGGCAAGGUCGGCAAGAAGUCGAACAAGGCUGUCAUCAUCGGCUGCGUUGUCGGAAUCGUUGGCGGUCUUCUCGUCCUCGGCCUGCUUGCUCUCCUCUUCUUCUGCUGCUACCGGAAACGCAAGAACCAGAAGCGCGUGUCCUUCUCCAGUAAGGCGGACUCGGACCCGUUCGCGAAGCGCGAGCGUGCCCAGGGCACACCCUCGACUCUGGUUGCGACACCCGAGGCCAAGAAGAAGCUCGACGACAGCUCCAUCUCUUCGGGCACCACGGCGCAGAGCACGCCCCUCGCGACACCCUUAAUGCCGCGCUUUGGCGGUAUCGGGGCGGCUGACGGAAACGACGACGCGGCCGAGUUGGAGGACAAGGUUGAGGCACUCAAGACGCGCGACGACUCGCACGGCUCAUCGUUCGUUGGCCAGGGCGAGAUGAUUGGCUCGGUCGACCCGAACGCCUCGCUGAACCAGACGCCCAAGAUGAAGAAGACGGCUGCGGCUGGCGCAGCUGCUGCAGGCAUUGCCGCUGGAGCUGCUGUGACCAAGGUGCCCAAGUCUGCGUCUGGUCAAUCUGGCCCUCGCCCCAGCCGUCGCACGUUUAGUGGCGAGUCUCUGGCGAGCUGGGAGAGCCAGCCGUCGUUCCACUGGUCGGACGAGUCCAACUACCUUCCCCCGAUGGCGCUGCCAUCCGACGGCGUUCCGUCAACAGCUAACAACUCGGUCGUCAACACGUCUGUGAUUCCCGGCGUCCCGAUACCGAGCUCGGAGACCGCCGACAUGCUCGCCGCUGGCGACGUCGCGCGUUCCCCUGCCGGACCGAUACCCCGCCCGCUGCCGGGCUUCUACCCCAAAUUCCCGCGACACAUUGCGCCCGGACAACCGGCGCCCUUCAUUUCGUCUGACAACUUGCCGUCAAUCGACUUUUCCGAGUUCCGCGACGACACCUCGCGAUCCCUCAACUCCAACUCGUUUGCGGACUCUGGCUCGCCCAUCAACUCGGCCAACUUCUUCCCGAGCCGCAGCACCAACGCCCUCUCCUCGGGCGAGGUGCUGUACUCUGGCGCGUUCACCUCGGGCGGGUAUCUGUCAUCUGACGAGCCUGUGAUUCAGACCGCGCAGCGACAGAGCCUCGAGGCGCAGCGCUCGACGAUUGUCGAGGUCGCUCCCAGCUCGGUUGUGACGCCGCCGUACAUGGCGUCGAGCAAUGUGCCUUCGCCUCCUGCGCCGCACAUUCCUUCGCCCCUGUCGGCGGAGAAGCAGCGUAACACGCAGCGCCGUGUGUCGUCGCAGCGCCGCCCGCCAGCCGAGCGCACAAACUCGACCCGCGAGCACAUUGUCGGUGACGCGCCCGUCGAGGCGUAUGACGACGGCUACUGGACGACCGACGAGGCUUAG